GAAGCAGGAAGGAGGGCGGCGGAGGCUCCGCUCUCGGGGAGUUUGUGGGGGAACCGCGAGCGGCGUAGCGGAUCCCGGAGCCCGGCCCCGCCGCCCGCCUGUCUGGACGCCCGCCCCGCCUGCACGGCCCCAGCAGCCCUCCCGCCCGGACCGGGCCCGCCCGCUCCUCCGACGGCCCCGCCCGGUCGCGGCCCCCGCUCCGCCCGCCCGCCCGGCCCCGGCCCCCAGGAGGAGGCGCUGACGCAGCAGCGUGGAGCCCGGGAAUUGAGCGCCCCCGGGGGGUUCCAGCCGCCGGAUUCCAGCCCGGCCGGGGCCUGCGGGCGUCCUGGGCCCCGUUGUCCGCGCCACUAGUCGGGUCCAGAAGCUACUCUAUGACGCAUGCUCGGAGGAAAUCUCUAUCCCUGCUGAGCUCUCUCCCCACUGGCCGGGAGCCACUUAGGGUGGAAGGCAAGAGGAUGGAGCGGCAGGAAGGCAAUGAGCCAGGGGCUGUUCCAGAGGUCCCAAGCCUCACCAAUCUGCAAGACCUUAGAAAAAACUAUCCCCUUCGCAAGCGGCUUCUGGGCCCAGGCAAGCCCAAGACCUGCAAAGUGCUGCUGACCCGCCUGGAACAUGUGGCCAGCCCUCGGGGCAAGGAGGCCUCAAGCUGGGUUGAGGAGCUGCAGCCACUUACACCUGGCUUGCCUGAGACAUCUGUCCCAGGCAAGGGUGAGACAGGUGGAGAGCAGGAUACUGGGACUGAUAACACCCUUCCUGAGGAACCACGAAAGAGGCGUCUUGCUUCACUCAAUGCUGAAGCCCUCAAUAACCUGCUCCUGGAGCGGGAUGAUGGGGCUGGCCUUGCUGCUACCCGGCGAUGCCGAGGGGAAACUAGGAGGGCCCGAGAUAAAGUGAGUGGGAGUUGGGCCUCACCAGAGAAGCCAGUCCCCAAAAGCUUUAAGGGACGGAGCCGAACUCGGGCAGGAAGACUCAAGGGUAGUAACCAGGACAUUCUGCCUGAGGAAGUAUUUGAAGACAGUGCCCGCCGGGAAGGUGACACUGCUCCCAAGAGACUGGCCAGCCUGAAUGCGGCAGCCUUCCUCAAACUGAGCCAGGAGCGGGAACUGCCACAUCGUGCUCCCCGAAACCACACUGAUGGGGAUGUCCGGUCUGACUCCAUAGGCCCUAAGACAUUGAGGCUUAAAUGGGCCAAAGCCAAUCGGAAAAACUGCGUGAAGGCUAGGCAGGAAGCUAGCCUAGUAGGGACUGAGGGACUGCCCAGCUGGCAAAUACCCCCCGAGGGAACCUGGCCGCCUGCUGCCUCUUCUGGCUCCCCUAGGUUAUGUGGCAAAGCGGAGCCCCUACCCUAUGAACCCUUAAGCCACGCUUAUGAGAGCCCUGGGGACCUGUACCACCGGUUGCCCCUGCUGAUGGGCGGGCAGGCUGCCAUGAAGCCAGAGUAUGGGCGCCCAGGAGAGAAGUCUCCCACUCCCAAACAAGACAUACACCAGCCCUCAUUUCCUCUCCCCCAGCUACCCCCGCUGCCUGUGCCCGGCAACCACUCUGACUUCGGCUGCUUCUUUGGUGGCCCUGAGCUUACCACACUGAGCGGGGUCUACUUGUACUACGGUCAAAGUGGACUGCAGUGUGGGGGCUACUCGCCCUGUCCUGUGUUCCCAGAGGGGGGAGAGCUGUCCCCUUCUGCUCCCUGUGAUGGGCUUCUGGUGGCCCCGAGCUCCCUGCCCACAGGGACCCCCUUCCAGCACCCUCCCUGGUGUUCAUCACGCUAUUGCUGUGGAGAAGGAGAAGGAGUAAACAGCUACAGCCUCUGCGGGGUUCUCCCCAUGUCCCUUAGUCGCGUCAGCAGCCUCCAUGCCACUCAUGGCAGCUGUCCCUACAAAAUGCCUUUUGCAGCAGAGAGUUGCAGGUCUCUAGACCAGCUGGACCUCACGAUCCCUGUGGCUGGCCAUCCAGCUUCGCCUGCCCACCCCCUCUCAGGAUGUCCUGUGCCCAAUGUGCCGCCUGCAGCUGAGCCUGUCCCCCAUCUGCAGACUCCCAAUUCAGAGCCCCAGACAAUGGCCCGGGCAUGCCCACAAAGUGCAAAGCCUCCUAGUGGCUCCAAGUCUGGCCUGCGUACGGCACCCAGCUGCCUGCACCCCUCUGAAACUAAGGCAGUGACCGGGCACGGCCACCCGAAGCAGCAACGCAUCCAGCGUCGUCGGGCCACCAAUGGCUGGGUGCCUGUUGGGACUGCCUGUGAAAAGGCUGUGUAUGUUGUGAAUGAACCAGGACCAGCCAUCCGAAAGAGCUACCAGGCGGUGGAGCGUGAUGGAGAGAUGAUCCGGGUCCGGGAUACAGUCCUUCUGAAGUCAGGACCACGAAAGAAAUCCAUGCCCUAUGUGGCCAAGAUCUCUGCCCUUUGGGAGGACCCUAAAACAGGAGAGCUGAUGAUGAGCCUACUGUGGUAUUAUAGACCAGAGCAUACUCAGGGAGGCCGAAAUCCCAGCAUGCAUCAGAAUGAGAUCUUUGCAUCCCGCCACCAGGAUGAGAACAGUGUGGCCUGCAUUGAGGAGAAGUGCUAUGUCCUGACUUUUGCAGAGUACUGCAGAUUCUGUGCCUUGGCAAAACGUCGGGGUGAAGGUCUCCCUGGCCAGAGAGCAGCGCUGGUGCCCCCCUCGGUAGAGUAUUCUACCCCACCCCACCGCACAGUGCCAGAAGACACAGACCCUGAACUGGUGUUUCUUUGCCGCCACGUCUAUGACUUCCGACAUGGCCGCAUCCUCAAGAACCCACAGUAGCUGCCCAGUCCCCAGCCCAAGGGGAAGAGCUGGCAAGGGGCAUCUGGGGGGGGGUUCCCCAUAUGCCAGGGUGGCUUCCCCAGGGCAAGGAUGGCAGCAGCUCAAAGCACAGCACUUGGUUAGAAAGAGCAAAAGGGACCUGGGGGAGGUAUGGUCUGGUUUGGCUGAGGGUGGGUUGAGCUGAGCAGGCCAUAUCUGUUCUGGCCUAGCAGAGGCCAGGGUCCAAGGAAGGUACCAGGCUCCCCCAAGAAAUCUUUCCAGUGGUCCCAUGGGAGGCAAUGCCUGGAUAGAGCAGUCUCUCAAGAGGCCAUGGAGCCUGGCCCAGAAGGGGGUGGGGUAAGAUAGGGCAGGGCAGCAGGGGAGCUCUGCUGGCACUUCAGCCUGUCCUCGGUGGGAAAGGGGGGGUGGGAGACCAGCUUUACCUCACCACACUGUGACCAGCUGCUGCCCACUCCUGGGGGCUCUCUUUCCCUUGUUCAGGGAGCAUUCCUGCUCCCUGCACGCCCCCCAGGCUCUGAGCAGACCACUGAGCCCAUGCCUCAGAAAGCCAGAGCCUGUCUUCUUGAGCACUUGAGUCCCUCUCCCUAGGCUAGGGGUGCCCCACCCCACUCCCCAGGCCCCUGGAGCAUUCCCCGUCUCCACUUCUCAUCCCAGUCACCCCACAGUACACUGCUGCCAUGGGGUGAGGGCGGGAGUGAGCCCAGCACGGGCCCUGUCUUGCUGAAGAUGUCCGGCUUCCCGUCAUCCUGGCACAGAGAAGGUGCCCAGGGACUCCCAGAAGGAAACUGCCCUACACAGGGUGUGUGUUGUUUUGGGGAGGGUGGGUAUUUGGGAGGGGGGUGGGGUCAGGGAGAGAGAAAAAAAAAUACUACCUGAUUUGCUGGAGACUUUUUUCCCUCUUGCCUUACACGUUGCGGUUCUACAGAGCCUCCUGCAGACCUUCAACACCCAACUCUCGGAGCCCAGUCCUAAAACAAACCAAAGGAGAGCGGGGUGGUCCACCACUUCCCCCCUCCCCCGCCUGCCCACCCAUCCAUCCGUCCGUCCCCCUGGAAGCCCUUUGUAGAUUGCACUAAUUUAAACCAGAAUGAGAAUCAACACUGUAUCAGUCCGCAGACCUGCUGAGAGCUGCAGCCACUCGCUCCUGGAGUUAGGGAGGGACCUGGGUUUUCCGUUGUGUUCCUUUCUAGCCCAAGUAGAGGGCCCAGCUCUGACCUCACCUUUCUUCCUAGGGAUGGCCCCAAGAAAAGAGCAGGUUAGGAGUCCCCUGCCCCUUACCCCAACCCCUUCUCGAUUGGGCCUGGCUGGGGGGGGUGGGGUGGGAGGGGGGAGGUGGCAGCAGUGAGCAGGCCCUGUUUAUUUCCUAUUCAUACCAAAGAGGGACCGUGAUGGGGGAGGGAAAGGCUGAGACCGAGAGUCUUGCCUCUAGUUAGCUGGGCUGCCAGCUACCCACCCCACACCAAUGUGUUUGCCCUCCUUACCCUCACUCCCAGUCUCACAGAUUCCUGGGGAGUUGAAGGGAUCAGGCUGUGUGAGAGGCAGAGAGCCUCUUGAUCUGGGGAUGUGCCUGUGCAAGGCCAGACCUUCUCAAGGCCUUUGUGGCGCCCCUGCUUUGUCCUUGUCCUCUCUAUGUCCCUUCAUAUUGAGGCUUCUGGGGGGGAAGGGAGAGGGACAGUUUAUAUCCACUAAAGAGUGGAUGAGGUCCCUAGGGUACAGAGGAGAAGUUAUAAGAGGGGAGCCCAGGCCCAAUUAAGGAGAGGAAUCUGAGGGCCCCUCAAACAAAUAAGCUGAUUGGGGGGGGGGAAAUCAGUCUGGGAGGGAUGGGGAUCCUGGGAUGCUCAGGGCACCUUGCCCACAGCAGGCAGUAGGGGAAUAAUGCAUGAGGGAGGCUUGGGAUUGGAGCUUUUCGUGCUGCCCAGCAGCUGGGGUAUCCUCAGAUACCGGCUCCAUCCCGAAGGAUCCUCAGUGAUCCUGCUAGUGAGAAAAAGCCAAGCCUCCUCUAGCCCUCUAGAAGGAGGCCCACCCUCCCACCAGGGAGGGAAGAGACUUGGCUCCUUGGGUCCCUUCUCCUCAAGGCAGGGCACCCCACUGCCACCCAGGACUCUUUCAUGCUUUUUUAAUCUCUUAGAUAUGGAAAUAUUUUUUGAAACUGAAAAUGCAGCUGGUAGAAUUUCAAUGGAAGUGUAAUCCAUGUAAAAUAUAUUUUAGUUGAUAAUUUUGUAAAAUGCACUUUUUUUGUGUCGCCCCUGGUUUCCCAGAUCUGUAUUUCAGUGUUUACAAGGGGGGAGAAACCUUCCCUCUCGCCCCCUUCUGACAGAGAAAUUAGAAGUAAUUCUUUAAGAAAAAAAAAUAAAUUUGAGAAAUUGUAUUGAUUUAGAAAAGGUUCA